ACAAUACUAGUUGUUCUUAUAAAGGGGAAAAAAACACUCUUGUAAAAGAAAGUUUGAUGAGUGUGGUGUGAGUGACCGGUAGCUCUAGCUCGCUGUCAGUGGCGCCACGAGUAGCUCAUCAAAUGGUCAAAUGGCACGACCCCGUUGGCUUUGGCCGGGCCCACACAGACACUGGCGGUCUAUAAAAAGUCAGCCGCUUGCUGGCAGCCUGGCAUGAAGGAAGGAAGCAAGUCCAAGUCCAACAGCAGCCACAUCCAUUCCAGUCGACCAUUCCUCAUCCUCUCUAGGCGCACUAGCAGUAGUAGCAGCCAGUAACAGGGACAGGGAGGGAGCACUCAACUCAAGCACGAGCAGCAUCACCAUGCGCGCCCCGGCGAGGCUCCUCCACGUCGAGCAGCCGCCGCCUGCUCCCCCAGCUGCACAAAACCAAGCGGUGGUGCCGGCGGACUCGGACAUGGUGGUCAUCCUGGCCUCCUUCCUCUGCGCGCUCGUCUGCGUGCUCGGCCUCGCCCUCAUCUCCCGAUGCGCCUGCCGCCUACGCCGCGGCCGCGGGUCGUCUCCGUCCUCGUCCAGUGAAGCUCACCCCCCGCCUCCUCCCCGGGGCCUCAAGAAGAAGGCCAUCGACGCGCUGCCCACCGUCCCCUUCGCCGUGUCGUCGCCGUGCUCCGCCGCCUCCGAGUGCGCCAUCUGCCUGGCCGACUUCGCCGAGGGCGACGCACUGCGCGUGCUCCCGCGAUGCGGCCACGCCUUCCACGUCGCCUGCGUCGACGCCUGGCUGCGCACGCGCGCCACCUGCCCGUCCUGCCGCGCGGGCAUCGUCGCCGCCGCGCACGAGCCGCCGGUCGUCGCACCAGGCGCGUGCGGGAGGUGCGGCCACCUGCUACUGCCUCUGCCUCCUGCUGCUGCUGCUGGGGACGCACACACCUUCCUGCCUUGACCGCCUGCUAGUCUACUACAGGAGAGGAGGAGGUGUAGGUUGGAGUUGGACAAAUUUUGCAGUGCUAAGCUGACUUGACUAGGGAAAUUUGUGUAGCUACUCUGCUUGCAUGUCAAUCAGAUGAAUGGACAAAAUUGAAACA